GGUCCGGUCACGUGGGCUGGUGUUUACAGCUGAUGUCACAGCAUAGACGACGUUUCGCUCGGUAGAGGAAAAAAAAAAUAAACAAACAACAAACGCCAUCAAGGAAACGGCGUUAGUGGCAUCGGAAGGCAUAGACUUGUCCAAAAAGUCUGAAUGGUGCUCUCUCUCGUCGUGUAAACCAUGGCGAGCACGGUGUUCCCGGUGAAACUGAAGGUGAAUUUUAAAGGAGAGACGGCGACUUUACUCCUGGGCGAUGCGGAAAAGAGUUGGAAAGACAUCGAGGCCAUGGUGAAGAAGUCUUUUAAUUUAAGAAGUGUGCAAGUGAAAUACAUUGAUGAAGACAAUGAGGAGGUGUCAGUUAAUACAGAAGAAGAAUACAAGGAGGGCCUGAAGUGUGCUGCUAAACAAGGAAGUCAACUCAGUCUCAAUGUUUAUGCGCUCGAAGAAUCAGAACCCGGCACAUCAUUCCAGAGUGGACCAGUAAAACCCACGUGCAAAGCAAAGGAGGAUGGGAAGAAUCCAGUCCAGCAUUAUACCAAAUUGGCUAAGAUGGUUGGCCAGGAGAUGUUGAGUAGAAAAGCUCAAGAGGAGAAAAUUAAGAAUGAAGUUAUCAAAAAAGAUGCAGAUCAGACGCCUCCUCAAUGGUUUCUUACAUACAUGGAGCAGUUCAAGCAUCAAUUUGUCGAAGAAGCAGUGGAAACGAUUUCCCAGCAGCUCUGUGAAAAGCUCAACAUUCUGCUUCCACGGUCGAGUAUGUCUCCUGGGGUGGGAGUUCAAGUACCAGAAAUAAGUUCCACUUCAGGAAACCUGGGUGACGAGCUGACAGUCUGCAGUGCCUGCCAUGGCAGAAUUACAGGAAUGUGCUACCAGUGCAGUGUCUGCUCCUCGUUUGUUCUCUGCGAGUCCUGUGAGUUAUGGAGUUUUGACCAUGAUUCCAGCCACACUUUCAUAAAAGUUAAAAAGCCUGUCAUUUUUGGGACGACUGGACAUGCUCAUGCAGCUGAAAAUAAAGUCAUGGGUUUUGGUGAACUGGCAAGGCCUCAAGCCCGUGUAGACAGAAUUUUUAGGAAAGCCGAAAAGCAGAGACUGAAAGCAGAGAAACGUCAGUUAAAGGCCGAAGUGAAGGAGAUCAAGAAGCAGCUGAAACUGGAGAGAAGAGGCCUUCAUUUGAGCACAGCAGCUGGUGUGGCCUGUGAGCCGCCAAUCCUCAAGUCAAGGGGAGCACCUGCUACCUCGCCAGUGAACUCCCAGCUGGCUUGCAGUCCUGUUAGGUCCAACUUUUCUGCUGUGUUUCUGGAUGAAAAUUUGCCUGAUGGGACUCACCUCCAGCCUGGCACAAAAUUUAUCAAACACUGGAGAAUGAAUAACACGGGCAAUGUGAGCUGGACAUCAGACACAAAGCUGAAAUUUAUGUGGGGCAAUUUGUCUUUGGCCUCAAUGGACAAAAAGGAAGUCUCUGUGCCGUUCCUUCAGCCUGGGCAAGUGGGCGUUGUGUCGGUGGUGUUUGUGGCUCCAAAUGUGGAAGGCACCUACACUUCUCACUGGCGCCUUGCUCACAAAGGGGAGCAGUUUGGGCCCAGAGUCUGGUGCAGUAUUGUUGUGGAUCCUCAGCCAUCCGGACACAGUCCUGAGUUAAGUGAGAGUGCCCUCUUCAGUAGCCCCGGUCUGACGGGCCCUUCCACCAGUAAGGUAAGCAACUCUUCAGUAGAGGCAGAAAAAUUAGGUCACUGUGGUAGUGAAGAAAUCCCAUGCUCCCCUGCUCCUACUACAAAAAAGAAUAAGUCAGUGGAUUGUGAGAGAGAGUAUUAUAUUCCAUCAGUGGAUCUGCUGACAGCACAGGACCUGCUUUCAUUUGAACUCCUGGACAUCAACAUCGUCCAAGAGCUGGAGAGAGUACCACACAAUACCCCUGUUGACAUGACCCCAUGCAUGUCUCCACUGCCUCUUGAUGGUUCCCUUGUAGAGAAACCAGGGCUGGGACAGAUCGAGGAGGAGACGGAGGGAGUUGGAUUCAAGGCUAUACUUGAAAAUAGUGGCAGUCACAACACUUCUGCUAUGGAAGAUGGAGAAGACGACAUCAGCAGCACUCAGUUUGUUUGUGAAACCGUGAUACGCUCGCUCACUUUGGAGGAGGCACCUGACCACAAGCCACCACGGAUAGGCAAGCCAAGCUCUGUAAAGUCUUGUCUUUUAGGGCAAGAUCAGCUUUGCUCCAGAGAUAAGAAGUGUGAUGAAACCAUUGAAGUGGCUGAAGUCCUAUCAACUGAAAUGGAAGAAGUUAAUGCCAGUGAAAUGACAUGGCCAGGACCCGAUGAACCGGAAUCCCGUUUGGAGAAUAUGUGCACAGAAGAAUCAGUUAUGAUGGAUGAAAGGCAACAGCCUGAAGAAGACACAGAUGACGUGCAGAGCCAAGGCUCAUCAUCUUCAUCUGAGGAUUACAUUAUCAUCCUGCCCGAAUGCUUUGAUACAAGCCGCCCCAUAGGUGAAUCCAUGUACAGCUCAGCCCUUUCCCAGCCUGGAACAGAGAGGGGCAUUGAAAGUGACUCUGAUGCUGAGGAGUUGGAGGUCCAGACCCCUGAAGAAACAAGUGGCUCUACCAUCCUGGGAAACUGUGUUAAUGACAUGCUGUGCACUUCACAGACACUGGACACCGUGCCAUUAACUCCUGAAGUUGUCUCUGUACCCCCUCCACGGAUGCAGUGUGAGAAAGUAUAUUUUAUAAAUCAAGAGUCUGUGAGACCAGAGUUAGCAGAGGAGGCUUCCUCUUCAGAUGUCCUGGCUCAGCCUUUCCCUUCGGAUAUAAAAGAAGGCUCUGCCAGUGUUCAUCAGUACCAUGCAGAGUUCUCGGGACAUGGAGACCCCAGGCAAGAAUGGGACCAGCAAAACAGUGCCUCCAAGCACCACAGCCACAAUAGACACAAGGGGAUUGCAGGGGGGCUGGUAAAAGGUGCUUUGUCUGUUGCUGCCUCAGCUUACAAGGCUCUUUUUACGGGUCAGCAAAUUCCAGCUCAGCAGGCUGUGAACAGUCCAAGCCAGGACAGAGCCAUGAUGGCGGUGUUGUUAGAGAUGGGGUUUGGAGAUCGACAAUUAAACCAGCGGCUUCUGAAGAAGCAUAAUUAUAACAUCAUGGAUGUGGUCAAUGAACUGGUUCAGAUGAGUGAUGGUGACUGGUAUUCCAAUAGGUACUGACCCCACUGCAAAGCUGCUAACUCGUAAUCAGCUUGCCAUAUCCUACUAUACAGUAACUGGACUUAAUAUAAAGGAAAUAAACAAUAGGAUAAAUAGCGGAGGCACUUUCUUGAAUUUGCAGAAGUACAUGUUUGUUAGCGUGAGUGUGUCUGUGUCUGUGUCUACCCACCUGAUAAUGUAUAACACCCCCCAAUACACCAACAGCGCACAGCACUCUGAGGCUGGAGGAGAACCUGGGGAUUUACUCGUAGAUGAGAGCGCGGCUCUGCCUUUACAGUGGCACUCACGAGCUGCUUUGAGGUUAACAUUCCAGCCCGCGUCGUCCUGCUGAGUGACCCGGUGGGCUGGUAAAGAGAUUGUCUGUCUGUCUUUUUUUUUUGUUCCUCUUUCUGUCUCUGGGACACAGAAUUGUAGAAACCCAAUUGUUUGAAUCUGUUUUUCAUAGACUGUGGUGGGCUGGCACCCUGCCCGGGGUUUGUUUCCUGCCUUGCACCCUGUGUUGGCUGGGAUUGGCUCCAGCAGACCCCCGUGACCCAGUAGUUAGGAUAUGACCCUGACGUUGGAUAAUGGAUGGAUGGAUGUUUUUCAUAGAUGCCACAGGCCUUUUUUCUUUUUAAGCGACAGCUCUAGAUAAGUGACACGUUACUAUGCACGUUAAAUUCAUCCUGGUACUCCGUCUUUUGUUGGGUACAUUACUUGACAAAUUCAGUUUGAAUAUAUAAUGGGUGUUAUUCAAGUAUAAUUGAUUAUUGCACAUUGGGAUCCAAAAUGUUAAAUUUGCCAGUUGGCAUUUUGCUGGGUGGAUCACUGGAGUUUUCGACACAUUCCGACUUUCUCAUUGGAGAGCUAAAAGCGGCGGAGCGCCAGGCGUGCAGCAUUCAGAAGCCUUAUUCACUGACGUCUGUGCGAGCGUUUGUGUUGGGAGACAGGGCUGGAUGUCGGGUCUUUCUUUCACGUCAGGAAGCCUGUUUUUGUGUCAUGUUAGGUUUUGGGCUUCACGUUCCUUCCCAGCACUCUUCUGCUUUCUGCCCAUCAUUUGACCUCCUGUGGUUUGCUCCCCUGACCGUCCAUGUGCUGCCUUUGAGUACUUCACUAAAUGAAUGCUGUUUCAUUAGAUGGCUGCACCUGUGGGUCUUUUUUCUUGUAUUCAUUGCCCUUGAACUGGAAUCGUGUGUGUGUGUGUGUGUGUGAUUGAUUUCUCACGUUACCCCGGUACUCAGUAAGACACAGAAGUAGAGAAUCACUUGAUUUGGUUUUUUUAACUUUUGAAGGUUAACAUCCAUUAUGGAAGGAUAUGAGCAUAUUAAAUGUCUCGUUAGACCUCAGCGUCCGGACUGUUAAAACACACGGGGGCAUGAAGACCCUAAAUGCGCAGUCCUUGAAAGUGAACGUGGCUUUGAGCACAGCACUCUUGACUCCUGAUUUCUCUUUUUCGUUUCUUUUCCUCGCCUCACUUCAGUCAUAAUAUGGUGGUAACCAAAGCUUGCAGUGCAGCCUGUGAUGUUCGGGCCCCGUUUGUCUCUUCCCUUUUUUUUUUUUGUUGUUCAAGUCAAAUUUUAGACAGAGUCGUCCCAUCACCUCUCGCGUCUCAGUACAGGGCCUGUCAUCCUCUUUGGGGCCCUCGAGCAGAUUUCUUCUUGUAGUUGGCGAACACAAGAAACUCAAACCGUGCUUUUUAUUUUUUAGACAGCAGACGUGCUUUCAAAUGAUGACUGCGGGUUUACGUUACACGCCGGAGGAGAGCUUGUGGUGAGGCUGUCCCGUUGAUCCCACUUCGGUGCCUCUUUGUGCUUUUGGGUGAAGGUGCAGCUGUGUUCCAUAUUUCCAGUUUUUAUUUCGUUUUCUCUGGGCCUGCGUGUGUUUUGAUGCUGGCUCUUUGUUUUCCCUUUUCCUUCCUUCCUGUAUUUUGUGGUUGAGUUGUGGCCCUUAUGUUUCUAAAGGCACCCCAAACUCUUCGUGUUCAGAAACGUUUUACUUUCUGCUUACUCAGAGACGAUAUGGUUCACCAAUCGACUGUCCAGGGACAACCCAGCCUUACCAACACUGGGGAAAUCGUCACCGUUCUACCAGAUAGGAAGACGAGCCUUUAUCAGCCUUGGUGGGUGUUGAUGACCGUAAACAGGGUGGCAUCCUGUAAACGAGGACGGGGACCCAAAACCAUUUGGUUAGGAAAAGUACCAAUUCAUCCAAAAUGUCAAAAGGUGGUCAACUUCACUUCCUCUUGGUUACGUCAAUGUGUGUGUGUGUGUGUGUGUGUGUGUGUGUGUGUUUGCUGUUUCAGGUCUGUCAUUUUUUAAUGGCAAUGUAUUCUCUCCUGAUAGGGAGGCCGAAGACGUUAAAUUUUGGGAUGCCUUUUUUUGUCAGUGAGCACAGAUUUCAACUUUGUUUCAUAUAAAGAUGCAGAGUGCUUGUUUUAGCAAUAUCUGUUUAGAAAUGUCUUCUUUUGCAUGGAAUAAUCAACAUAUUGCAUUAAAUACGAAGCAUUUUCUUUGUAUGUCAUAUAGGAAAAGCACUUUAUAGAUACAACACAUGUGAGAGAAGAAUGGUUGUUACUUAAAUGAUUUAAUAAAAAGUGAUUAUUUGA